GGCCAAGCUAUGCAUCGCUGAUUUCAGAUAUCCAAGUCCGUCUUCCUAAGACUUCAGACUACCGUUUAUUCUCUGGGAAGAGCACGUGUUUUAUUUCCUGAAUAACGUAAACUUGAUAUCAAACGUAACUAAAGCUUGUUUAUACAUUUGAAUAUUCAUUGGAUAUUUUGAAAUUCGAUACUUAAUUGAUAUUUGCUCGGGCAGUUUGUACUAUCAUGGAUUAUUUGUGAAUUGCGAUAGAUUGUUUUGGUAUUUUCUGGAGUGGUAAUAGAACAAGAGAAGAUUUGUCUUGGAUCUAAUUUUUUAGUGUUAGGCCUGAGUAUGGACGCUUUGCAACAGCGUUCAGUUCCUUUUAGUGCAAUCACUAACAGCAGUAGUUGUGGUACACCGAGUGAAAGUGGGGAUAGUCAUCAAAUUAAAUUUACCCACAAAGAAGGCUGCACACCAACUGCGUGUGCCUGUGUCAUUCUUGCAGUUAUAUUUGUUUCUCUUGGAGCAGCAGCCGGAGUUUAUUUUGGUGUGCAAUUUUUAGACAUGGGAAAAAGAAGCGAACGAGUCUACAAAGGCAGUUUUGUAAUUCUUGGGGGGGACAAGUACAGCUCUAGCCUUGCUGACACCCUCUCUGAUGAUUUCCAAGAGAAAGCAAAUGCUUAUAAAGCAAGGUUGGACAAAUUGUACAACAGCAGCGUUUACAAGAAUAUUUUCAUCCAGUCUGAGAUUUUGGCUUUGAAUAAGAAAGAUGAUGAAAAGAAUUUAAUUGUUCAUUUUAAUUUGCACUUGUCACCAGAGCAAGUCGGGCUUAGCGCCGCAGAUUUAUAUGUUAUACUGUCUGAAGAAAUAAUGCGUUCAAGAACUGGAGUUUUCAAGGAUUUAAAAAUUGAUCAAGAUUCAAUUCAAAUACAAGAACGAAAACCCCCUGUAGAUGAUGCCCUUGACCGAUGGGUUCCAAGACGUCAAUAUCCUGGUUAUGUGGAAGGUUUGACCACGACCCCUAGCUCCAAUUUAGCUCGAAUCGCUCCACGUCAGUGCACACCACUUGAAGUACAAUUUUGCAAUGCUCUACCAUUUAAUUUAACAUCAUAUCCAAACAUCGUUGGACACAAUAACAUCUCAGAAGUACUGAAUGAUUUAGUUACUUUCAGACAGAUUCUUGAUUUUGAAUGUUAUCCACUUGCUCAGGAAUUUGUUUGCCAGCUACUUCAGCCGGAAUGCAGAUCUAAUGAUAUAAUUAUGCCAUGUAAAGAUUUUUGUGAAGAUUUUUGGAAAUCAUGCAAACGGUUGUUGCCAAAAAAGGUUAUAGAAAAAUUGGAUUGCUCAAAAUUUCCAAAAUAUAGCGGCCAUGGAACAUGCCAACAAAAGCCAGGAUGCUCUAAUGAGCUUCGAGCCCUUGGAAUGUCGGACAGAAUAUGUGAUGGCGUUGUAGACUGCAAAGAUUCUUCAGAUGAAACAGACUGUGACUACUGUAAGCCCGGACAAUUUAUUUGCGGUGAUCGUCAGUGUGUGGAUAAAGACAGAAGAUGUGAUCUUAGAGAAGAUUGUAUGAACGGAAUUGACGAAAGAAACUGUAUGUCCAUCAGUCCAAGCAAUUGGGGAACAAGAGAAAGUUAUUACACAUACAGUAGUUCAGGGUUUCUUCUGUAUUCAGAUUCAGGUGAGAAUGCCAGAAUUUGUUCUGACAAUCUCAAUUAUAGUUUGCCUGCUACGAGGAGAGAUGUUAUCCUACAAAGUCUUGCUGUAUCGACAUGCUCUGCUCUCAAUUUUGAAGUAACUGAAAAUGUUGAAAUGAAAAAAGAUGUGAAUGCUGUAGAAACAGAAUAUGUUCAGCUACUUGACCCUUUAGCAUCAAGUGUAACGUUUGUCCAAGUAUCAUGUGACAGUCAAAAUGUGGUGUACGUCAAAUGUGGUGCAAGUGCUUGUGGUUUGAGACCAGCUCAUUCUUCAAGAGUGGCAAGGAGUUUUUCACUCAAUUUGCCAGAAGGAAAAUAUGGAGCUGUGCAUGGACAAUGGCCGUGGCAAGUUGCCCUUUUUAAGGACGACGAAUACGCAUGCGAUGCUACGCUAAUAUCUGACGAUUGGAUAUUGACAACGACAGCUUGUUUUGAAGGGGAUCCUCACGCCAACUGGGUCGCCAAAAUGGGUAUUGUUCGAUUAUCUUCGAAAUCUCCUUUUGAUCAAGAAUCGAGAAUAACGGGAAUGGUCAAAUCUCCGAUAGGGUCAGGAGUUUUAUCAAUCUUGAAAUUGGAGCAAUCAAUCAAUGGAUCCGAUUACGUUCGGCCAUCUUGUCUUCCUGGUCACAAUUAUUCUUUAGCUGGCAUUCCUUGCAAUACGUUACGAUGGAGUACAAGAAAAAAUCACCUUUUUGAAGUAAAACUCAAAAUAACUGGUAAUAACUGCAGCACAGAUUCCACAAAUAGUUCAUCUCCAGGUCAAAGAUUAAUUUGCGCUGUCGAAAAUGAGGUUAUGGAAGAUGAAGAUUGUCAGGGUGACGAAGCCGAAGGAAGUCCAUUGCUAUGUAAUAUCAACGACAAAUGGUACGUUUUAGGAGUAAGCAGUCAAAAAGUAACAUGUCCAAGUGCAGGCAAACAAAGAAAAUACCAUCACACGUUUGAGCACGUCCAAUGGAUCCGUCACACCCUUGAAUCAUUACGCGUACGUUAAUCAUCACGUUUGUCACAUUGUCAACCAUAAACUUAAACUUAUUUUUGUUCUGAUUACAAAAUCUUUCACAACUCCAAUAAAGUUAGAAAGUGAAAGGUGUGUAAAGUCCAGAGUGGUGAGAAGAAGUUAUAUUUAAGGAUAAAAAUUUUAUUGUCAUGAUUUUGCGAUAGCGCUUGUUAGAUCCAAUGGCAUUCCAGCAAAGAUGUGUACUUAAUUGUAUACUUCUUAGGAAAAAAAAAAGAAUUCACACAUUUGCUGUAAAAAUGUCACAUUAACUGUUCGUGUCAGAUAUGUCUCCAACUUUCAUUGUUUCUAAUCAUUUGAAUACCAUGUCAUAUAUGUUUUAUAAAAUUUAUAUGCAGGUUAAUUCAUUCCAUUAAAAGAUUUUCAUUAGUUAUUUAUAUCCACUAAUACUUCCAUUUUGCUGUGCAUUAUGAAAGUUGAAACAUUUCUUUUUAAUGCUUAAUCAUAAGGCUUUGUGUAUGGUUGGAAAAAAAAACAUUAAUAUUUUUGUGCUUCUGCAAAAAUACGCUUUAUUUAUGCUCCUCUUGCAUGUGUUGAUGUUUUAAAAGUUUUUUCUGUGUUUUGUGUCCAAUUUAUUAAAAGUAACUACAGAGGUUUCAAAAAAAUUUUUACAACUACUUUAAUGAAAAAAUAUUCUAAAAACAAUAUAUCAUGCCUUUUAACUUUAAUUAUUAAGGACGUAUUUUUUUUUAUCUCGUAAAUGUUGUUGUGUAUUAUGAACUUUUUGGUUAACCGUUGCAUUAAACUAUUUCAAACAUACCCCAUAGGAGUAUGUUCGAAAUAGUUUAAUGCACAGUUACAUUCUUUCACAGUUACAUUUAAAUCAGUUUUUAACAAGAUGAGAUUCAAUACAAAUACUUUUUCUAAAGAAAAUGUGAAUUUAAUGAUUAAAAAAAUUAAACGGAAGGAAAUCUUGCAAUACUUUAACCCUCUCAUCAGCUGUAAUGUUUUAAAUUCUGAGUUUAGAAUCUAAUAUAAAUUAUUUAUAAGCAAUUUUAAUGAAACGUUUUAUACAGAUUUCUUACUUUAGUAUAUUAUUUUUUAAAUUUUUGUUUUCUAUGUAAUUAGGAAACAUUUUAUAAAUGUGUCAAAAGUUUCCAAGGCAGCUUGAAAUUGUUAUGACAAAUUACUAAUUUAAAUAAAAAUUAAAAGAAUAAGUUUUUCUUUUGAAAUAUAGCAAAUAUUUAUUGUUGUUUAUAGUGCUAAAAUUUAUUUCGUGUGCUUGAUGACCUUAUGAUAUUUUAAACUAUUGUUUUUUUAAAUGCAAUAUAAAUGUAAAUAUUUAUUACCAUUGAUAUGUAUAUAAAAGUAGAGCAUUUUGUGACUGUGUACAGUUCAAAAUAAA